AUGUCGUCUCACCAAUACGAAGUAGCCCUUUUCGGGGAAUUCUUUUCUCGGGAUCUGAAGCCCAUCCUCAACCGCAUCACGUUUUACUCAGAGUCGAGCCAUCCCAUGCAGGCAAGGGAGAUAGUCUUCGAGCCAAUUGAUGCACAAUACCAAAGGACUCACGAUGUACCAGGGGGCUCCCAAGAGCCUUUGCUUCUACGAGCCAGAAAGGAUCUGAUUACACCUCUAGGAGGAGAAGAUACCGGUUGGGUUUUAUACUCAUAUCUCAAGCCCGAAUCUGUCCGUGCUCAUCCGGAAGCAACCGUGCGGCCAUGGGCGACUUGUCAUGUCAUCGGGGAUGCGCUGAGUUUCGCCAAUGCGUUGGGAUAUGUGCGUCGAUCCCAAAUCUACAAACGUGGUUACCUCUUCCGGCGUGGCUUGUUGCUCAUUCAGAUGUUUCAACAAGAACAAGUCGAUCCGAAGACGCAGAAGCCAAUACCUGCGCAUAGUGAUACGCUCUGGGAAGUCGAAGUGAAGACGGCUGCUCCGAUUCGAAACUCACAGGAAACACCGCUGAGCAGCGCCAUUGAACAGGUUUUGCAAGUACAGACAUUCAUGAAGGGUUUACUAGACCUAAGGAGACAGGAUGUUUGA